GCCAAUGAUGCGAAAUGCGUUUUCUGACGCGACAGACUUCGCUUCAUCCCCUCUGUGCUUGUCUAACCGCAGGUUUGCGUCAUGUAUCCAAAGCUCGUUGCGUUGGACACCGAUUGGACCAUCUUCUGGGGCUGGCUCAACGCCAAUCAGUGGGGCAAGGGACCUGGCGCCUCAGGGACAAUCGAGGACAACAUCAUCAAGGUCAACUACUGGGAAAUACAGGAUAGAAGUAACUGUAAUCUCAAAUGCGGCAUGUACGCAGAUAUCCCGCGCAUCAUCAAGGACAUCAAGAAGAACGGCGCGAAGCUUGCGAUUGUCUCUCGAAACACGAGCAAGGCACUGUGUGACCGCGCAUUAUGGCACUGGCAAGUAGAGGAUACGCACGGCAACAUGAAGUCCAUUAUCGACCUCGUCGACUUCGACGAAGUAUACAAUUCGGACAAAGUCAAUCACUUCCAGAAGAUUAAAGGCUGGACGAAAUUCGACUAUUCUGACAUGAUUCUGUAUGACGACGAAGCCAUCAACAAUCCGGUUGAAAUGAUGCUCGGUGUGACAUUCCAAGUGUCGAGGGACCAAAAGGGUCUGACUUGGGAUAACUAUCAGGAGGGGUUGGCGACGUGGCGCCGCAACAAAAGCAUACAUAGUCCUUGGAAGGGGCUUGACCUCGGGAAUUACCCGAAGCGGAAGUUCAUUGGGUACUCGGGUAUGGACCUCGAUACCAUCAAACUGCUCGAGGCAGGGGGUCGGCGGCACGACCGAAAGGAAGCGGCGCGAUGGGGAUUCGCGAUGUACGUCGCAGAUGAUCCAGCUGUCGCGCAGUACUUCUCGGAGUGGAUCAAGCGCACGGCCUUCGGGCCAGCAGCACAGACGAUUGUAUGUGCUAUAUAUGCAAGAGACGGUGAUAUCUUUGACCGCAUGAACAAGGUCUGGAUGCCAGAUUGGGUGGACCGCUGGACUAAUGUUCAAUCGAACGAGUUCGUUCUCGGAUGGAGUCAAGAAGACCGUGACCGUCUCAUCGCGGGUUGGGGCGUGCAGAAGCCAUAUGUACUCUUCGCACGGCAUCCGAACAUGGGAGCCGGUUUCCCUGUCCCUAACGGCCAGCGGUUCAACGAGAUGGUCAUCUAUCCGCAGGUACAGGAGAACUUGAUCGUCAUCCAACGAAUGUCGGACCAGGAGCUGGCUCAGGCGGUCCGAUUCCCGAGCCAACGCUACCCCCAUCUUCACUACGAACAGCAAUUUCGAGCUUGGAACAUCACUGUGCCGCAGGAAGCUCGCGAUGACUUCGCCAGGCAUGGCGAGCGCUUCAUGUGA